AUGAAGCUCGCCCUCGACCUCACCCUCGUCCUCACGCUCCUAGCCGCCGCGACCGGCGCCGUACCCAGCCCCGACGCCAACGCGGACGCCGAACCCAUCGAGGACACCCGCCUCCACCCGCGCAUCAACGGGCGCCCGUGCCAGCGCUACUCGUACUGCGGGAGCCACUUGGCCAUCAGGUGCAAGAACUGGUGCAGCAGCCUGCACAUGUUUGAUAAUGGGAGCCUGCGCGUGUGUCCCGACGGCCCGGGCAACUACUGCUGUUCGUCCCGACGGUGA